AUGGAAUCAGACGGAAAUUUUAACUCAAGUGAUAACUCAUUUGAAAUUUCAUCCUCGCCCAUUUCAGAAAUUGUUAAACGUGUUGUUACGCGGAUUGUGGAUGAGUGUAACAGAUGUGUCGAUCCAUUUCAGGCAAAUAUCACGCUUACAAACGGGACCAACUGCGAUACAGAUAAUAAGGGCUUUGGAGAUUCAGUCUCACCCCCCGCUAAGGAAGCCUUUCCAUUUGCUGAAUAUUACGUAAGAUAUCCCGUCUCUCAAAGAAGAAAUUUUGUAGAGUCUAGGAUAGAAAUUGCCAAGGGCGAUUCUCACACUGUAUCACUACUUUCAAACGCAAUUUGCGCUGCAAUCGGCUAUCAACAACUUCCUAAGCCCUCGGAUAAAUUUAGUUAUAACAUUUCGCCGGCCACUUAUGCCCAAAUAUACUGGAGGUGGAAGGAUUUCUUGAGGAAACAUAUGCCGGCCGGCGCAAGUCUUUGCGAUGUUUUCUCUAGCGACUUUUUAAAAGUUGUUAUUAUAUUACUGGGGGAUGGACUGAGGGAAGAAUUGGAUAAAACUUCAUUCAGAUACUGCGGAGACUUAGUGCUUGCAAUGCUGCUGAUGGAGUGCGGUGUAGCUGCGGAGGAGGCCCUAAGCGUUACUAAAAGAAUCUAUUCCUCGAACGAUAAGCAGCUCGAGUCACUAUUGCCUUCUGAAACCGGGCUGGGAUUCUUGCACAGAGACGCUGGCGGGGCUAGAGAAGAAGACUUGGGCAUAAUUUCCUUUGAAUGUAUUACCAAUGACAGGGAACCGGGCCAUAUGAUUAAAUUAAUAUCGGUAAAAAAUAUUUUUUCCCGGCAGUUGCCAAAAAUGCCCAGGGAGUAUAUCGUCCGCCUUGUUUUCGACAGAUCGCAUUACACAUUUUGUCUGCUAAAAAAUAGCAAAGUUAUUGGAGGAAUAUGCUUCCGUCCGUAUUUUGAACAGGCUUUCGCGGAAAUUGCCUUUUUGGCAGUAACGUCUACAGAGCAGGUUAAGGGCUAUGGCACUAGGAUAAUGAAUCACCUCAAGGAACACGUUAAAAAGAGCAAUAUUGAAUACUUUCUAACCUAUGCGGAUAAUUUUGCUAUUGGAUACUUUAAGAAGCAAGGGUUUUCUCAAAAAAUUACAAUGCCCAAGGAGAGAUGGUACGGUUAUAUUAAGGAUUAUGAUGGAGGAACGCUUAUGGAGUGUUAUAUAUCGCCAAAUAUUAACUAUUUGAGACUUUCGGAUAUGUUGUCGAUGCAAAAAAAUUUAGUUAGACAGUGUAUAAAAAUUAUUAAACCUCUCAAAGUCUAUCCCGGGCUUGAAAUAUUCAACAAUAACAAUAAUAAUGGAACGAAUAGCACCGACCCUUCUCAAGGCGCUGAAACUUCUCGCAAUAUCAUACUGAGGCCCUGUGAUAUUCCAGGACUCAUAGAGGCUGGGUAUCAGGAGACAACAAACACUCUACAAGUUAAGGAUGGCUGUUUAAAGGAUUCGAUAUUGGAGCUAUUAGAUAUUCUUGAAAAGCAGCAAUCUUCUUGGCCGUUUAAAAAACCGGUUAAACAAUCAGAAGCACCAGAUUAUUAUGAUAUCAUAACCAAGCCGACGGAUAUAUCCACCAUGAGAAAACGCGCCAAACAUGGAGAAUACAGAACAAAAACUGAAUUUGGCGAGGAACUUAAGAGAAUGUUUGACAACUGCAGACUGUAUAACACACCACACACCAUCUACUACAAAUAUGCAAAUGAACUACAGUCGUAUAUUUGGCCCAUCUACGAAAGCAUGAGGGAAUAG